AUGCAGGAUAAUGAAACAUCUUUGUUGGCCGACGAUCCUGCUCUCCAAUUUGGAGGUUCUGUAUCAUCCAUAGUUAAAGACGCUUCAUCAUCAAUACAAGAUAUCUCUGAUAUAAGUAAACAGUCGGAUAAUCCUGCUAAAGAGCUUAUCAAUGAACUUAAAAGCAUUCCACCGCCUAGAAUAACAAGAUCGGAAGUAAGAGAAGGUUCAAACGAAUCAAAACAUAAAAGCAAUAUAAAUCUCUGUCAAAGAGAUUAUACUAUACCGUGCCCCCUGGGAUUCACUCACGAAUAUAUUGAUAACAAACAUCACUGUAAUCCACCUGUAGGUUAUUCAGGUCCUUGUUUGGGUCAAGACAUAGUAUAUACGACAAUGGAUGCAGUGGAAAAAAGGGAGUUAUCUAAGAAUUGUCUAUUCAAUUGGCCUUGUAUAAACUGUAAAAGAAAAUAUUCGACAUACUGUCCAGAUGAGUGGGAGCUUGAAAAUGGUUUAUUACUGUUAUUAUAA